GAAUGGACUUUGCAUCGAGAUGAGUGGCUGGCUGAGAUCUUUCAUCAUGAAGGCAGAUGCGGGUACAUCACUGAGUUUUGUCUGAGGUGUCAUAUGAACAAGGCAGACAUCUGUUGCCUAAACUGUGAUGAUCUAGCAUUGUACUGUGAAUCCUGUAUUGUUGAAGCACACUGUCUAAGUCUGUUCCACUGCAUCAAGGUGUGGGUCAAGACACAUUUUUGCUAUAAAAUGCUCAGACAAGCUGGACUGUGCAUUCAACUUAGUUAUCCCAUUGGUGAGUGCUGCAGAAGGCUUCAGCCGACAUGGGAUGAUGACUUUACCAUCCUAGACAUAUCUGGCAUUCAUUCAGUAGUGCUCAACUUUUGUAACUGUGAGCAAGCCCUCUCACAUGACAUUCAACUAUUGCGCGCACACCUAUUCCCUGCUACCAGCAAGAACCCAAAGACUGUGGUGACUUUUCGACUCCUUGAACAUUUUCACGCACUCUCGACCUGUUAUGAAGUGUUCUGUCAGAACCUUCCUGACCACGUGCCCUUAUAG